AUGUUUGGGAUGCUCUGGAUCAACGUACACAACAGCGUGUUCCAGUUCCGGACAAUAUCCAGGAACUUCGUACAGCCAUUGAAGAAGAGUGUUCCUGUGCUCUGUCUGUCUCACCUGGAGCCUCAUCAGAGAGUCCCAGCCUUAAAGAGACACAAGCUGGUCAACCCUGUGGAGAACCUGGAAGACAUGAUGUGUAAGACGCAUGACAGACUCCUGGAGCUGUUCUGUAGGACUGACCAGACUUGUGUUUGUGUCUUGUGCUUGAAAACAGACCACAUGACUCAUGACACUGUCCCUCUAGAGGAAGCGUAUGGAGAGAGGAAGGCUGAACUGGGGAAGACUGAGGCAGAAGUGCAGCAGAUGAUCCAGGAGAGACUGAAGAAGGUUCAGGAGAUCAAACAUUCAGUAGAUCCGAGUCAGAAAGUUGCAGAGAGAGAGAUAUCAGACAGUGUACAGAUCUUCACUGCUCUGGUUCGCUCCAUUGAGAGAAGCCAGACUGAGCUCAUUGAGGUGAUUGAGGAGAAGCAGAAAGCAGCAGAGAGGCAGGCUGAAGGGCUCAUUAAAGACCUGGAGCAGGAAAUCACUGAGCUAAAGAGGAGAAGCACUGAACUGGAGCAGCUCUCACACACUGAGGACCACCUCCACCUCCUACAGAACUUACCAUCCCUCUGUACCCCUCCACCCACCAAGGACUGGUCUAGGAUCAGUGUUCACAGUGAUAUGUGUGUGGGGACUGUGAGGAGAGCUGUGUCUCAAGUGGAGGAGACCAUUUUAAGUGAAGUGAAGAUGUUGUGUGAUGCUGAGUUGAAGAAGAUUCAGCAGUAUGCAGUAGAUGUGACUCUGGACCCUGAUACAGCACAUCAUGGUCUCAUCAUGUCUGAGGAUGGGAAACAGGUGAAACAUGGAAACACACGGCUUAAUAAACCUUAUAAUCUGUUAGAGGAAUUUAAUUCCUAG